UGAGAUUCACAGACAGUAUAGCGACUCAGCGAACGAGAGAUGUGUAGCUGGUGCUAAAAAAAAAACAUGCCGUCUUCACACCACACGAUGAUUCUGUUUGCCGAGGUCUAAUGAAAGCUUGUGUUAUAUCGGUAGAUCGAUAGCUAAAAGAAGGAUUGUAAAACAAGCCAGACGCUUUGGACGCGUUCACGACAAAAGCAGCGAGCGGCUGUUUGAAAUAGAUUCAAGGUUUCUUUGUUUCUCCGGUUCUCUGUCGUUUUGAACAUGGCGAGCGAUUCUCCGGCUCGUAGUCUGGAUGAAAUAGACCUCUCAGCGUUGAGGGACCCUGCUGGAAUAUUUGAGCUGGUGGAGCUGGUGGGCAAUGGCACGUAUGGUCAGGUAUACAAGGGUCGACAUGUUAAAACGGGUCAGCUGGCUGCCAUCAAGUGUAUGGAUGUCACAGGGGAUGAAGAGGAGGAGAUCAAGGCUGAGAUCAAUAUGCUAAAGAAAUACUCCCACCACAAGAACAUUGCCACCUACUACGGUGCCUUCAUUAAAAAGAACCCUCCUGGCAUGGACGACCAGCUGUGGCUGGUGAUGGAGUUCUGCGGUGCGGGCUCAGUGACGGACCUCAUCAAAAACACCAAGGGCAACUCGCUGAGGGAAGACUGGACCGCCUACAUUAGCAGAGAGAUCCUCCGGGGGCUCAGUCAUCUCCACUUUAACAAAGUCAUCCACAGAGACAUCAAAGGCCAAAAUGUGCUGCUGACAGAAAAUGCUGAGGUUAAACUAGUGGAUUUUGGUGUGAGUGCUCAACUGGACCGUACUGUGAGUCGCAGAAACACUUUCAUCGGCACACCUUAUUGGAUGGCACCGGAGGUCAUAGCAUGUGAUGAGAAUCCUGAAGCCACGUAUGACUAUAAGAGCGACCUGUGGUCUUUAGGAAUCACCGCCAUCGAGAUGGCCGAAGGGGCACCGCCUCUGUGUGACAUGCACCCAAUGAGAGCCCUGUUUCUGAUCCCUCGAAACCCAGCUCCAAGACUCAAGUCCAAGAAGUGGUCAAAAAAGUUCCAGUCUUUUAUUGAGAGCUGUCUGGUUAAAAACCACAACCAGAGGCCCAAUACAGACCAAAUGCUCAAGCAUCCAUACAUCAGAGACAUGACCAAUGAGAGGCAAAUCCGUAUUCAGCUCAAAGACCAUAUCGACCGCACCAAGAAGAAGAGAGGAGAGAGAGAUGAGACGGAGUACGAGUAUAGUGGAAGUGAAGAGGAGGAGGAAGAGCAUGACAUGGGAGAACCCAGCUCCAUCAUCAACAUUCCCGGGGAGUCCACUCUGAGGCGGGACUUCCUGCGCCUACAGGUAGCCAAUAAGGAGCGAUCGGAGGCCCUGCGCAGACAGCAGCUGGAACAACAGCAGAACGAGGGACACAAGCACCAACUGCUGGCAGAGAGACAGAAGCGCAUCGAGGAACAAAAAGAGCAGAGGCGCAGAUUAGAAGAGCAACAGCGACGCGAUCGCGAGCUCCGAAAGCAACAGGAGAGAGAGCAGAGACAUCGCUAUGAGGAGCAAGUCCGCCGAGAGGAGGAGAGGAGGCAGGCUGAAAGAGAGCAGGAGUAUAUCCGUCGUCAGUUGGAAGAGGAACAGAGACAGCUUGAGAUCCUACAGCAACAGCUCUUACAAGAGCAGGCUCUCCUACUGGAGUAUAAACGCAAACAGCUGGAGGAACAGAGGCAGGCGGAGAGGUUGCAGAGACAGUUGCAGCAAGAGAGAGCUUACCUUGUUUCUCUUCAACAACACCCUCAGCAAGACUCCAAACCUGCAGAUAAGAAGCAACUGUACCAUUACCAAAAUGCAGGCAAUGCCAGUGAGAAACCAGCCUGGGCCAAAGAGGUCCAUGGCCGGCCCCUGAAACCAAACCAAUCCAUGAACAACAAGCCAUUCAUGCCCCCCUCCCGUCAGCAGAAUGUCCCACGCCGCAGCCCCUCCGCCCCCACUACCCCUAUUCGUGAACAGGUCAUGCAACAUUUGGAGCAACGGAAGCAGCAGCGCCUGCGGUUCAUAGGCCAUCCAAAGAGUCAAGAGAAUUCAGCCUUGGCACAAGACAUUAGCCCGGUUAGAGCCUCCAAGGAGGCUGGGCAGGAGCCCCGUGGACGCAGGCCCAACCCAUCAAUCGUUAAAGCGGUUGAGGAGCGCUCCAAACUGAACCGUCAAAGCUCUCCUGCCCUGCAGCAUAAAGUGGCAAACCGUAUCUCCGACCCGUCCCUUCCACCACGCUCCGAAUCCUUCAGCAGUGGGGGUAUGCAGCCCCCACGUACCCCUCCUGUGCACUGCCCUGUGGAACCUCAGAUGGCUCAUCUAGUUCCUGUGAGGUCUCAUAGCACCUCGCUAUCAGUAUCUCAGGCUGUACAUGAUCAGCCCACCAAGGGCGUUUCAACCUUCCAGGACAACCUAGCGUCCCAUCGGCCCGAAAUGCCGAGGCAGAACUCCGACCCCACUUCAGAGAUGCCCCCUCCGGCUCCUCGCAUGGCCAGCCGUGAGGAAAAAUUCGAUCGCAGUUCCCCCUGGCUGAGGGAAGAGGACCUUCCUCCAAAGUUGUCCGGUAAUACCCAGGUGCCUCAGCGGACCACCUCUAUCUCCCCAGCUUUGGUGAGGAAGACCUCUCCUGGGAAUGGAGACUUGGGUGGUGUGGGGAGAGCGGCCUCUCAGCUAACGCGUACCAGUAAUCCAGAUUUGAGAAGAACAGAAAUGUCUCUGGAUGUGGCUCUGGCGAGAACCAGCAGCAACAGCUCAUCUAGUUCCAGCACACCCAGCUCUCAGGCCGGCUCCCAUCCUGGAUCCAGUGAGAGGAACCUGCCUAGAGGCUCUGGUAAAUCAGGCGGAUCUCCAGCUCCAUCACAAGAGACCCCAAAGCCCAGUCAGGAUGAAGUCAAAGAACCGAACAAACCAAAUCGACCAGCGGAUCUGACUGCACUUGCUAAAGAAUUGAGGGAACUACGAAUAGAUGAGAUCAAUCGACCGCCUCUCAAACUCACCGACUACUCGUCCUCAAGUGAGGACUCUGAGAGUAGUGAGGAUGAGGAUGGUGAGAAUGUGGGGCAUGAUGGCACGGUACCGGUCAGCGACAUUCCCAGAAUCAUGCCCUCUGUUCAGGGGAAUAAUGAGUCUUUCACAAGCACUCAUGAUGAUUCUUUUGGUGAUUCCUACAACGAUGAAUCUGAAGACGGCACUCUGAGAAGGAGAGAGACAAAUGAAAGGCAACGUUUGGGUCACGGCGAGAGCAAUGGUUUCGCAGGUCAUGGGAAUCUUCCAGACCUGUUGCAGCAAAGCCACUCACCAUCAGGAACUCCAACUGGACUCAAUUCCCAGGACCUGGACUCUAUGGAUGAGUUUGGUCUUGGCGGUGGAUCGAAAGCUUCCUUCACUCCUUUUGUGGACCCUCGCGUGUAUCAGACCUCCCCCACAGACGACAAUGACGAAAGCUCAGCAGCCGCUAUGUUUGCGAAUGAGCUUUUACGCCAGGAGCAAGCCAAACUAAACGAAGCUCGCAAGAUCUCUGUGGUCAACGUCAACCCCACCAACAUCAGACCCCACAGCGACACACCAGAGAUCCGCAAAUACAAGAAACGCUUCAACUCGGAGAUCCUGUGUGCUGCUCUGUGGGGGGUGAACCUGUUGGUGGGGACCGAGAACGGCCUAAUGCUGCUAGACCGAAGCGGUCAGGGGAAGGUCUAUAACCUCAUCACUCGUCGGCGCUUCCAGCAGAUGGAAGUGCUGGAGGGUCUAAACGUCCUGGUCACCAUAUCAGGGAAGAAAAACAAGCUACGCGUCUACUAUUUGUCAUGGCUGAGAAACAGAAUACUGCACAAUGACCCGGAGGUAGAGAAAAAACAGGGCUGGAUUACUGUCGGUGAUCUGGAAGGCUGCAUACACUAUAAAGUUGUGAAAUAUGAGAGAAUCAAAUUCCUGGUGAUCGCACUGAAAAACGCUGUAGAGAUUUAUGCAUGGGCCCCCAAGCCAUACCAUAAAUUCAUGGCUUUCAAGUCUUUCACAGAACUGCAGCACAAGCCUCAGCUGGUUGACUUGACUGUUGAAGAGGGUCAGAGGUUAAAGGUCAUCUACGGCUCUAGUGUGGGCUUUCAUGUGAUAGAUGUGGAUUCUGGAAACCCAUAUGACAUUUACAUACCCUCACAUAUUCAGAGCACUGUGACCCCUCAUGCCAUCGUGGUGCUCCCAAAGACUGAUGGCAUGGAAAUGCUGCUGUGUUACGAGGAUGAAGGUGUUUAUGUCAAUACCUAUGGUAGAAUCACUAAGGAUGUUGUCUUGCAAUGGGGAGAGAUGCCCACUUCUGUUGCCUACAUCCACUCCAACCAGAUCAUGGGCUGGGGAGAGAAAGCCAUUGAGAUCCGUUCGGUGGAAACGGGACAUUUGGAUGGGGUUUUCAUGCACAAGAGAGCUCAGAGACUUAAGUUCCUCUGUGAGAGGAACGACAAGGUGUUUUUCGCCUCUGUUCGAUCUGGUGGCAGCAGUCAGGUUUUCUUCAUGACGCUCAACAGGAACUCUUUGAUGAACUGGUGAAGAUCCAACAGACUGGACACUGUGGAGCCUUUUCUCCCAUCAACAUUCUGAGCGCACGGUACUCGGACACAUUGGUCUAAAUAGAGACAAAAUAAAGACUCAUAAAGAAUGAGACUUGAGACAUGGGUGUGUUCCUGUAGGUAGAUCACCGGCUCUCUUCACACUGCUCACACAGAUGCAGUAUCUGAAAUCACCUGCAGUGGCAUUCAGUCCCCAGAAGGGGGAGCCGUUUUAGACCUGUGGCCUCUGAUAAAGGCAGUUCUUUCAGUAUUCCCCCCAUUUACCUUCCUGCCCCUGUUACUUUUGUUUGACUUUAUCUUUUAGGUUUCAACGAGUCUUAGUCAUUGCAUGAUUGUAAAGAAUCGGACAGUAUUUAAAAGAUAAAAAAAAAAAGGUGGAAAUAACAUUAGCACUCAGGCUAAGAUCAAGCGGUUCCACUUUUCGGUACUGGUAACAGUUCUGCCAGUUUCACAAAUAUCUGGUUUAUCCAAUUUCUCAUAGGAAAACAACAUGCUCAAAAUGAACACUGGUGCUCAUUUGUAUAUUGUCAACAAGAUCCAUAUACUGUACAUUAUCCAAAGUACUGUAUCAAAAUGUAGUUCAGUCUGUUAAAGUGUUAUAGCUUUGAGGUCGGAAAGAUGGAAUUCACUAACAACAUUACUGCCUGGGUCAUAGACGCUUCUUUAUGUUGCAAACCAUGUUUUGAAUUUUAUCUUUAUCUCUGGUCUGCUUUGAAACAUGACGAAACAGGAGCACGAACGUUUACUAAACGAGAGCCAUACAAUGAAACAUGUCCCGCUCACUGUUUGCAUGUAUUGUGUAGACACUGGAACAGAUGUCGUAUGAUGUUUAUGUCAGAUCAACAUACCUGAUAUCAACAGAAUCAAUUUAAAAAAGAAUGAAAGAAAGAAAGGAAAUCGAAGCACCUUUAUUUCAGUGACCGUUAGGAAAUGAUAUUGACUUUCAUUUAGAUUUCAUUAUAGUGCCUAGCACAAGUAAUCCUGCGUGAAAGAAAUCUUUAGAGGCACAUUGAUUUUCAAUGUUUGUGUCUUCAGCCAUCACUGUGGGCUGUUGUUCUUCUUCUAAAGGCAUUGUUGUGUUAAGCUAUAGUCUCUUGCACUUUUAUUAACAAUGUUUAAUCAGUUAAAAUAAGCCGUUACACAAAGCAUUCCAGAAAGGGAAGGGGUCUUUAUCAACAAUAACGUAAAACUCUCAAACGUAUUGUUUGGCCUAAAAUAUCAGAAAUGUUGAUCUUAACUUUAUAGGUUAACAGUUGCCAUACUGUAAUGUUUUCGUUUGGUUCAUUGGGUCAUUUUUAUAGCUUUUACAUUUUGGGUUUGUUUGCUUGGGGCUUCAGUUAAAUGCUUUAGAUUUUCUCAGAGUCACUUGAUGUUUGCACAGUAUAUAGAUAUUUAUAUUUGUUUCACAUCUCUUACAUAGCAAAAGAAGAAUAUUUUAAUGGUGACGGAAUGAGACGUUUUUAGCAAUAAUGUCCUGCUGAUGUAUGUAUGCUGUGUGAAACACUGUGUUGGCCGGUGCCGGGGAAGAACUCAGUCGAACCUCACCGAGCCCUUUUGAUGAACAACUUUAUUUGACACUCAAGAAUGGUUACUUAAUCUUUCUGUCUUAAUACGUUUUUAACGAUCGUCAUUCUUUCGAAAGCUGUAAACAAAUUUUUGGUUCUCUUACGGUGAUAGCACUAUAUGUUCUCAUUUUGUUUUUGUUUUAUUUUAUGAUUAAAAAAUAAAUAAACCGAUAAGUACCUUUGC